CAUAGUCAUUAGUUUCUCUUAUCAUAUAGCAUCGCCAUGGAGUACAUUUCAGUAUCAAAGAUGAAAGUAAAUGUUCAUGUUUUACACUAAACUGAUGUUUUUAUUGCUUGUUGACACUAGAUCAACACAUUUUAAGCAGAUAUGGCAAAUAUCACACACACAAAAAAAAAACAAAUCACUGGGCAGAUCAAUAUAAGAAUGAACUAUGUCAGAAUGGCCUUAUUAUAUAUGUAGUAUCAUUUACUGUCCUGUGAGAGACAAUAGCUUCAAUGAAUUUCCCUGAGUGGGCUUAGUACCCCUAGAAGAGUAUUAAAUGUUCACUACUUUUGAGACAUAUCUCCGCAGCAUACACCAACCUCAGUACAGGAAACAUGAACCAGUCUACAAGCUGCAUCAAACACAGCCUUAGUCUGAACUGGUUUGUUGCUCCGCCCACUGACAGUGAACUGAAAGAGUGAGGCUUGACUUGAUGCAAAAGACACUCAGCUUCUUUGGAAACAGCUUUUGUAAAACUAGACGCUUGCAUUAGCUCCUUAAACUUUUUAAUUGAUAUUAAAAUACUUUUAGUGGUAAAGAGACACCCCUGCUCACGACUGUUAAGUGUUCCAUAUACAUCAAGACGACAUGGAGAUCAGAGCUCUCUGCAUCAGACUGUUGAUGACCAUCAUGAUUCUGUUGGGUGUACAGGAUCAGAAAGUUGAUGCAGUUUCUCUUCGUGUUGUUCCAAACAGAUUGCAGUUUUUUGAAUACGAACCAGUGACAUUUCACUGUGAAGGAGUCGAUUAUUGUGAAGUUUUGCAUAAAUUCAAAGGAAAAAUAAAAUCAUGUAGUAAAACUAAUAAGAGGACACCAACAGGAUCAUCCUGCUCCAUUCAAGCUGUUUAUGCAGACAACAGUGGAGAGUACUGGUAUGAGCCUGAAGGCGGGAGAAGAAGCAACAUUAUCAGCCUCUCUGUCACUGCUGGUCCUGUGAUCCUGGAGAGUCCUGCUGUUCCUGUGUUGAUGGAAGAAACUGUGACUCUGAGCUGCAGAAACAAAACUCAUUCCUCCAACUUCAACUCAGCUGAGUUCUAUAAAAAUAGACGUUCCAUCCAUAAAAGCUCCACAGGAAGCAUGACCAUCCAGACAGUUUUCAAGUCAGAUGAAGGACAUUACAAGUGUAGCAUCUUAGGAGCUGGACAAUCACCAGAGAGUUGGCUGAACGUCACAGAUUCUCAAAAUAAAAAUUACAAAUCUAAUCCAGACGAAGAGGCGUGCCAUUUUUCUUCUGCUGCCACUCGGAUCAUUUCCACAAUUUUAGUCAGUGCUCUGUUGGUGGCAGUGGGACUGUAUCACAUUUGCAAAGCUUGCUGUAAGAGAGAGGCCGACACAGUGGAUGCAGGCAGAGCAACAUAUGCUGCUAAGCAGGAACCAGCAGAGCAAUGUCUUCAGCAGGUCCCCGGCAACCCGUAGCAGUGGAUCCCUUCUAUUCUACUAAACAACAGGUUGCAGAGAGAGAGCUGACUGAAGAAAUAAUCACAUCUGAAGGAGAGUGAAAACAAAAAUAUAACUCAGUUUUAUCACAUAUUUUAGUAAUUAACCAAGUUGUACAUUGUCAUCUCAGUUUGGUCUACAUGUCUAUAAAUUGUUAUAGGUUUUCUUUUUUCUGUCAUAUACAGCUAUUUGCCAUUCCUGUGUGGUCAUAAGUAUAUGUAAACCUUCGCUUGAAUACAAGCAAAGGUACCAGCUUGAUAUUUAGAAGU